AUGAGAUAGUUAAGUAGUCCACUCACAACACUUUAAGAUAAUUUAUAGAGUCAGAGCAUGCCUAGGAUUCAUUCUAAAUAAGAAUAGAGAUUUUAACUUCCAACUUUGAAAUCAAAAAUGAAUAAUCUAAUUGAAUCUGAAGAAUAAAAAGCACCAGUUGGUUAAUUUUUUUAAGGUCUGGUUAAAGGAAAGACGAUCAUGGAAUCCAAAAAGAAGAUUGAGUUUCCAAAAACAUAAUAAAAUUUUUAUCGUCUUGUUUACAAAGCGUAAUAUUCAUUCAGGCCAACAAAAUUGAAUCCAAGAUAAGUUAGUAUGGAUUAACCAGCAAUUCAAAAGAAAUUAGGGGGUCCUACUUUUGCUUAUAGAACCAUCCAAAGUUCUGAAGAAUAACUUAGGAAACCGAAAUUAGAAGUAAUUGCCAGAUAACAAGUAAACUAUCUGAAUGAAUCUCAUUCAAUAAAUGAAAGCUUAAAUACUGAAAUUAAUUAAAUAUUAUAUGGAAAAGGACAGAAAAAAAUGAUGUUAAAGUAGAGAUUAAAUCAAACCAAAAAUAAUAACGAUACUAGUAAUAUAAUAAAGGAAGAGAGUGAAAAUUCAUUUAUUUGA